AUGUUUAGCUAUCUGUUAAAGAAAACCGGUUUGAAAUCAGACGACCAAGAGAAUCUGACUGACAACAAGAUGGCUCAAGUGGCUGAGAAAAAGGUUUCUCUUGAGACCAAGGGUACCCAAACUAGUAGCCCUCAAGUACAAUCUGACAUCAAGGAUGUUGUUGAUGCUCCUGCUCCAAGCAAGCCCUUGGGAAUGAGAGUUUCCGGCAAGCAAUGGAAAGAGUCUAAAAAGCCAUUAAGAACAAACGCUGUUGUCAAGACCGCUUGGGAGAAAAAGCGUUUGGCCCAAUUAGAAUUAAAGGCCAUCAAGGCAAAAGAGAAGGAGCUCAAGGAUGAGAAGCAGGCUGCUACUCAGGCUCGAAUCAAGGCCAUCAAGGAGAAGAAGGCUGCCAAGGAAGAGAAGGAGCGGUACGCCAAACUAUCUGAGAAAAUGCAUGCCAAGAGAGUCGCAAGACUAAGGAAACGUGAGAAGAGAAACAAGCUCCUCAAGGAGAGGUAA